AUGGCUGCUGAAAAUAGGACAGAAGUGACUGAAUUUGUGUUGUUGGGCUUGUCCAGCAGACCAGAGAUGCAGCCAGUUAUUUUUGGAGUUGUCCUUGCCAUGUACCUGAUGGCAGUCAUGGGCAACGUCCUACUAGUAAUUGUUGCUUGCUCAGACCCCAGACUUCAGACCCCCAUGUAUUUCCUUCUCAGCCAACUUUCUAUGAUUGACAUAACUCUACCCACCAUCAUUAUACCUAAGAUGCUGGUACACACACUGUCUGUGAAUCGAACCAUUUCCUAUAAGUCCUGCAUGAUACAGCUAUUCUUCUUCAUGGCUGUGGGCAGCAUGGAAGUCUACUUGUUGGCUGCCAUGGCAUAUGACCGCUAUGUUGCCAUCUGUGAACCUUUACGAUACUCUGCCAUUGUCAGCCAUCUCCUCUGUCUGCGCAUAACCUUGACCUCAUGGGUGGUUGUCAGCCUUAACAGCCUCCUAUAUACUCUGUUGGUCACCCGUUUAACCUUCUGUGGAAACCAGGUGACCCACUUCUUCUGUGACAUCACUCCUCUGCUUAAGCUCUCCUGCACCAGACCAGUGGUCAAUGAAAUGCUCAUCUUCACAGAGGGUGUAGCUGUGGUGGGCAGCCCCUUCUUCUUCAUUUGGGGUUCCUAUGUCCGCAUAGGUAUUGCCAUAGCCCACAUGCACUCAGUUGCUGCCUUGCACAAAGCUCUGUCUACCUGCAGCUCUCACAUCCUAGUUGUUUUGCUGUUUUUUAGCUCUUUGGCUCGUAUGUACCUCAAGCCAUCCUCCAGCUAUGACUUAGAAGAGGAUCGGCAGGUUGCCGUCUUUUACACACUAGUCACUCCUAUGCUAAACCCACUAAUCUACAGCCUCAGGAACCAGGAAGUUAAAGGAGCUCUACGAAGGCUUUUUAUGAAGCUCUGCAUCUCAGGCAACUUCCAGCCUGGCUCCCAGGCAAACAAAGAAUGGCAGCACAUCUCCUGA